AAAGCCACGCCCCCCUCAGGCUCAGUUCAAACCACCGUCUCAAACCCACCAGGAGUUUCACAUCGCCAUCUUGUCUCGUCGGAAGACCGCGAUUUGUCCAUUCCAUGUUAUGAUCUGGUGAGGAUGCCAUCAUGUUGAUUAAAACAAAGAUCAAUAAUGAACAGAAGUAUGUCAAGAUCACUGAACCCAGCCUUGAUGAAUUUUUGAGUUCUGCUUUCAUGAAGUUCUCGAUGCCACCAGUCAGCGAAGGUGUCAAAGUCUUUGAUGAGACAGGAACUGAGAUUGAUGCAGACGUCUUUGAAGAGGUUGUUCAGCAACCCAAUGCUGGCGUAUUUACCAUCAGAUUUGAAAAUGGUUUCCAGGGGACAGCUUCAUCCGACUGUUACUCAGGACCAUCUUCAUCUGCUGGUGCACUGCUUGAUGUCGUAACCAAUUCACCGCUGGAAUGUUCAGCCUGUAGCGCUGAGAAUACAGCCAUCCUGGAACUUACACCAUGCAGCUCUGAUGAUACAAUCAUUCUGGAUGAGGAUCCCAGCCCUGCCAGAAAACGGCAGAAGGCCGAUGAUGAUGCAAAAACUGUGGUUGAAUCUGCACUGACCAAGAAACCAGGUGGAGACCGCAUUGUCAGGGAAUACAACCGGACAAAAAGUCUGACCGACUCCUCACGGCGACAGAUGAUUAACAUCCUUACUGCAGACAUGACUGAAACUUAUGGGACAUCACCGCCAAGGCAUGUGCGAGAGACAUAUGCCCGAGGCAUUGUUGCCAUGUUCCCUUACUUGAUGGAUCCUUACUCAAAAAAUGGAUAUGAACAUUUCUACGAUGCAGAAAGUGGCAGUGGUUACCUAGCAUGGAGGCUCAAAACUAUCCAGAGGAAAAGUGCUUCAUCAGAGAGCAGAGGGUCACGUCAGCUGUCGGGUGGUGGGCCAACAGCUAGAAGAGAUGCUUCAUUUAGUCCAGAGAUCACCCUGAAUGAAGCGCAAUGCAGAGAGGCCAUAUCAUUCAUGAAGUAUUCUUCUGAUGAAGCUGCCAUCAAGCAGAAGAUGCAGAUGACGUAUGACUAUCGACGCAAUAUGGUCCUUGACGAGGAGAAAUCCUCAGAAGUCUUGGCUGAAUUUUCACGUUUCAAAGACAUCAAAGGCCUGAUUGAGCAAGAUUUCAUCCUGCAGUUUGGUGAAGACUUGGCUGCCAAGUUUUUGGAGAAGUGGCCUACUACGUUCAAACAGAAGGUCAUCCAGUUGAGCAAGGCCCUUCCUGCCUCAAGCGACCUUGAAGAACUGAUCCACUGUGCAGAAACCACAUCAGAUGAAGAAAGGGAAAUGGAUGACACUCUUGCCUCUGGAUGGGACAGUGAUCUCUCUUCCAUUAUUCUCCUCCUCCACUUGAUUCCUCCUUCAGCACAAGGCCGGAAAAGACCAGGCAAGGUGUCGCCAACUCAAGCUGAGAAGCAUCUUGUCGUGUUCAAGAAGAAUGGAACAAGCCUCCAGGAACAUGUUGAUGCUAUCCAGAGCAGCACUCAGCCCUAUCUACUAGCUGUUGGGAUGAAGAGGAGCACAAUACAUCAGUUCUUCAUUGUUCUGGACAAGCAGAUCAUACCAUGCAAGUCACCCAGCUCUCUUGGAGCUUUUGAUGAGCUCUUUAAGACACACUUUGUAUUUGGUACCAAUUACAAUCUCAUUCUCCACAACAUGUACACCUUCAUACAGACAACUGUGUACAACAUAGAUAUCGGCAAAGUCCAGGAGAGUCCACGUGUUGCAGAGAUUAGGGCUAGAAUGCUACACUGAAGAGGCAUUCAUGUAUUUCGGGCAGCUUAUGUGAGUGACAUGAUAUUGUGAGUAAUUGUACCCAUUUCACUCGCUUAUUUGGUACUAUGGGGGUGAUUUGUUUUGUUUGCAGGGCUCAUUUUAUGAGUACCAACAUGCUUGUAAGGCAUAUGCGAUUAAUACAUGGUUUCUGUUCUGGUAAAUCACUGCGCCUGAAAUGUGCGCAGAUUGGCUGUUGCCAUGUUUUUGGUACCUUUUCUGGUUUCAGGAAACACUUAAACACAAAACAUAACGAGCAAAUUGAGUGUGAAGUUGAAAAUGAUGUUAGUGUUUCAGAUAGAACUUGUGUUUCAGAUAAUGGUCAGUCAAACGAUUUUGAAGAAGCAGCCGGUACCUCUCAAGUUCCGCCAGUAUCUAACAUGAGUACUCGUGAUAUGUGUGCAUCCGCAAUCGCACAGCUUCAGGUUGCAGGUGUAGGUCAGUCUACUUUAAACAAUUUUGUAUUGUCCAUGGAAGAAGUAACACUGGAGUUACAGAGUCAAGCUAAAGAAGCAGCUUUAAAAUGUCUGUCGUCUCAGGAUACUAGUACAAAAGUUCAAAUUGAACAACAUUUUGACAAACUUGAAAAUCCUUUUACUUCAUUGAAUUCUGAAUCAAAACGAAAAGCAUAUUUUGAACAGAAAUGGAAAACAGUUGAACCUGUGGAAAAAGUACUCGGUGUAAGAUUUGAAAACAGAAGAAACAGAUGCACUGGAACUUACAAUCAGGUAGUUGUAACUGACAAAUUUUCCUAUAUUCCAGUUCUUGAAACACUGCAGUCUAUUCUCAGGAAUCCAAACCUCAGUGAGAUGUUUAUGUCAAGCCAAUCUGCCAAGGAUGAUGUAUACUUGGAUUUAAAAGAUGGGUCAUAUAUGAAGACACAUCCUCUUUUUGCUCAUGAAAAUUAUGCAUUUCAAAUUCAAUUAUUUUAUGAUGAGUUUGAGACUGCUAAUCCAUUGGGAUCCAAAAAGGGGGUACAUAAAUUAGGGGGCAUAUAUUUUACAUUGAGAAAUUUUCCACCCAAGUUAAAUUCCUCUUUACUCAAUAUACAUUUGUGUGCACUUUUUCAUGCCCAGGACAUAAAAACCUAUGGGUUUGACACCAUACUUGAACCAAUCAUCAAUGACCUGAAAGUGCUUGAAACUGAUGGUAUUCAAGUUCCAAUGUUUAAAAAUCCUGUUCAUGGCAGCAUUGUGCAAGUCACAGGGGAUAAUCUUGGAAUACAUGGACUGUUUGGGUUUGUGGAAUCUUUCAGUGCUCGAAAUUGCUGUCGUUUUUGUAUCUUAGAGAAAAGUGAUUUUCAAACUGUAUUCUGUGAAGAUGAAGAGAGUGUGAUAUUGCGAACAAAGGACAUGCACACCCAACAUUGCCAUUCUAUACAAACAAAUCCAAAACUACCUCACGUGUAUGGAGUGAAGCGUUCGUGUUUAUUAAACUCGCUGCAGUAUUUUAAUACAGCUGAUAACUUUGCUGUCGAUAUCAUGCAUGACAUUUUAGAGGGAGUUGGACAGUUCGAGGUUAAGCUUAUUUUGGAGUAUUUGCAGGAAAACUUCUUGACUACUAAAGAGCUGGCUGGUAGAAUCGAGUCAUUCAACUAUGGCUAUAUUGAGAGGAGAAAUCGUCCCUCAGCAGUCAAGUUACUUGAUGGAAGUAAUGAUUUGGGCCUGAAUGCAAUACAGUCCUGGUGUUUAUUGCGUAACAUGCCAUUGAUAUUUGGUGAUCUAGUUCAGAGGGACAGUGAGUACUGGUGUCUUUUGAUUUUACUUCUGCAGAUUGUGAAUGUUGUGUUUUCUCCUGCCAUAACAAAUGGGAUGACCAUAUUUCUGAAACACAUUAUUGUUGAGCAUCAUCAGCUUUUUAAGUGUCUGUUUCCCUCCAGAAAUCUGUUGCCUAAGCAUCACUUCAUGUUGCAUUAUCCUCGAUGUAUAAGGAAUAUUGGACCUAUUCUGCACAUGUGGUGUAUGCGAUACGAAGCAAAGCACAGAUUUUUUAAGACCCAACUGAAAAGUUAUAAAAACAUCACAAAGACGCUGGCCAAAAAGCAUCAAAGACACAUGGCCUUGCAUUGGGAAUCUGUCAGCCAGUGCAGGUUAACUGUUGGUCCAGGAAAGAUUGCACAACUUGAGAAAUUGAAAGAAGGUCCUGAGAUUGCUGCCAAGUUCAAUACGGCAGUAUCUACCAGUGUUUUGUCCGUGAACUGGUUUAAGCACUAUGGCACUGAAUAUCGCCUUGGCUUAAUAGUAUGUUUUGAGGUAGUGGAUGAGAUGCCAUAUUUUUGCAAGAUAAAUGCUAUUUUUGUAAAAGAUGAGAAAGUUAUACUUACAGGCUCAGGUGUAGAAACGGUAUGUUUUGAUGAACAUUACCAUGCAUUUAGAGUAUUGUUAAAGCCAUUUCAGGCACUUAAGGUAUUUGAUGUUAAAGAUUUGUUCUAUUAUAAACCAAUGGAUGUACAGAUGGCAUAUGGAUCCACAGAUUCCUCCCUUUUUAUAGUUCCUUAUUGCCAUCUAAUGCAGCUUUGACCAGUGUUAAGUGUUAAAGCAAUCUGACAGUAUUUUAUAGGGACCUCUCCGGAUUUUUGAAGAGGAGUUUUGAACAGAUUUUAUAAUGCAUACAUUGCAGACGUUUUAUCUGUACUGUAUAUCAGGUAUGAGAGGCAAGAUAGCCAGAGAAUCUGGCUGUAAAGUGAAUUUUCUUUCUAAACCUUUACUGAAAUAUUUCAUAACAUUCGGUCAUCUAUUAAUGGUCACCAGUUAACAAAAAGUUGUUGUUAUUUGGCUGAGGUAAUCCUGCUUAAAUGUAUACACUUGAUAAAUGUUUGAAUUGUCUGUUGUCUAUUGUUAAAUUUUAGCAAUUGUUUCAUUCAACCUAAAGACAAUUUUCUGUCAUCUGGUACCUUCCUGAGGGAUUAACAUGAAGGCCUUUGCAUCAUUUGAGAGUGUACAGUGACAGAGUCGCAUAACUUUAACAACUGAAUACAUUUGUUAUGCUAUAUCAAAGGGAUUGGUAAUUCCAGAUGAUAGCAAAGUUGUUUGUGGGCUGAAAAUUGAUUGUUAUCCUCUUGUGUGUGUUCAAUGUGAAAUGCACUUUAUUGUGUAAAAAUAUAUGUUGUUAAAUUAAGCAACACAUGUUUAAGAGCUGUUGCACUUGAUAAAAAAGAUAAGACCUUUUUUUUUGUAAAAUGUCCUAAACCUGUUGGUUUAAUUUUUAUGUUUAUUAAAUAAUGAAGGAAUGAAUAUAA